CUCACGAGAAACCAUCACGCAAUUUCUCGAAUAUUCUCGCUUGAAAUUUAUAUGAUCCUUCUCUCUUCUCUCUUGCAAUAUCAAUGUUGGGGUCAUGGUUAACGAGAGUUCGUUUAAACAGGCUAAGAGGAGUGAAUUCAUUUGACGACAGUUUUUACGAAAAAAGGACAGAAGAAGAAUGGAAGGUGCUAAAAAGUCAUGCAACCUCGAAAGAAGUAAAGAAAAAAAAGUCGCAAUGGACGUCAGAAGAUAUGCUCUUGAUGCAAACAAACGUUUUAUCAGCUAUCCCAGAAUGCUUUGACCUCCAAGCACCAAUGGAACGCAACAGACCACGUGAUGAGCCCGAGGAGAGUCGCCCUCCAAGAAUAAGUGAGUCUGUGAAGAAAAAAMCACUUAAUGAACCAUAUGUAAGGAGUGGAGUUCCACCAGUAAGAGAAAAAAGGAGAAAAGCAAGAGGAAAUAAUGAACAGGAACAAGAAAAAAGAAACGCUGAUUACAACGAAAAUGGCGCCAAAUCAGUAUCACCUGGUUCGUCCUCUGAUGACGUCAUACAUAAGCAGCCGUCGAGUAAUGGUGGGAGUAACUACACAUAUCAAAAAAUGCGCUCAAAAAUAAAGUUUAAAACCAAAACGAAAGUUCGCAAAAAGAGGAGUAACAGUGCUCCUCCUUUGAGGCGUCCAGAACGCGUAGAAGAAGUUACAAGUCUUACUGAGUUUCGACGACUCGAGACGCGGAUUUCAUUUACUUCAUAUGUCAAACGAAAGACUCCACUUUUUUCAUUCAGGAAAACAAACGAUACUAGUAGACCAAAAUUCAACAAAUUGCGAAGAACUGAAGCUAUAAACGAUAUUAAAUUGUGCGGGAUUUCAGGACUUGAUAUGGAUUUAGAACAUAAAAGGGAUAAGAAUAUCAUUCAUAAUCCAAUAUUUCAAGAUCAGGACGAUCUUGAUGACGAAAAUAACUCGAGUACAUCAAACGACAGCACAAGCAACACGGGUUCUGAACCUGAUAGUCACGUGACGGACAAAAACGAUGACAUCACUUCUAAUCACUUGAAAAGACCACCCCUAAUAAGGUGUGAUCACGUGGAGGAAGAGGAUGAAUUGGAAACCACGGACGGCGAUGAUUUUGACGUCGCCAUUAAUCUUCUCAAUCAAUACGACACAAUAGAUUCUGAUCACGAGAUAUUUAGGCAGCCAAUCAUAACGUUUGAUACGACACACAUUCGCCGGGAUCUUUAUAUCAUUGACGAAGAACCAGAAAAUGAGCUUCUUUCCAAACCCUGACCCUAGUACAAUGGAAAAAAUCGCGCAUCAAAUGAUAAAUAGAGACCUUAAGCAUGACGUUCUUGCUAGGUACCGCAAACUGAAGUUCGACGUCAGCAGUUUUCUGUCAAACUUUUGACAUUUAGCAGGGUGUCAUAACUAAAUGUUGCUGGAAGAGCCGCCGUGUUGAAUUUCAGUGAUGCUGAAUCUGAUCGCUAGCAGUUAACGGUAAAUCUGAUGCUAAAGGUCUCUACAACAUAUAUCCAACAUAGCAUUACCAAGCUUCCUCCCGUUGACUUCUAAAUUAAUCAGAUCCCUAGAAGUUAACGCGUAAACCUGAUGCUAAAGGUCUCUCCAACAUAUAUCCAACAUAUAUAUCAUUACCAAGCUUCCUCCCUGUGAUUUCUAACUGAAUCCGAUCGCUAGGAGUUAACAGUAAACCUGAUGCUAAAGGUCUCUCUAACAUAUAUCCAACAUAUAUAUCAUUACCAAGCUUCCCUGUGACUUCUAACUGAAUCCGAUCGCUAGGAGUUAACAGUAAACCUGAUGCUUAAAAGGUCUCUACAACAUAUAUGCAACAUAUUAUUAUGAAGCUCCCUCCCAGUGACUUCUAACUUAAUUCCAACAUAUUUCCAUGUAGACUUAGUUUUGGACACUUCCAACAUAUAUACUUGCAACAUUCACUUGCAACAUUUUUCCAAUGUAUUUCCACCAAUGCCUUCCGACCGACAUAUUUCAAACAUAUUUCCAACGUGCACGCGUCAUCACCAUCAAUUUUCUAACAUAUUUUCAAAAUAUUUCCACCGAUUUCCAACGUAUGUCCCGGGUGAUGCCAUGGAAGUGUCCAAAACGUUGGAGGACUGACUUCCAACUAUUCUUCCAACAUAUCUCUAACCUCAAAAUAACCAUCGGUUUUUCCAGAUUAUCAAUAACAUAUCUUUGCAGUUAAUAAAACCUUUAUACA